AGAGCCCUGGUGUGGUCGGGGAGCAGCGCUGACCCCAAAGGGCUGCAUUUCCCCUGCCGAUGCUCCUGCUCUGCCCUCCCCCGGGGCUGGCUCUGCCUGGCGCUGGCCGGACGUGCCGGGGCUCCUCACUGAGCAAAGCCCUUGCCAAAGUUGAGGGGCAAGUGCCGAGCCCGGCUGGCCUGGGAGGAAGCGACAGCAGCGCGGGCCGAGCGGGCGGGAUGGGGUCCGAGCAGCGGCGGGAAGUUGCAAACUUGGCAGCCAAGAAGUUGAACUAAAGUGAAGCAGCUCCAAAAGGCCGUGGUCUUGGCGUGGGGCGGGAGGAAGGGGAGCUCCGUGACUGCGGCCGGGGCUGGUUGGGAGCGGAGCGGCCGGGGCUGCCCCCGGGGCUCGCGGGGGCCAACGGGGAACGGACAAACGGACCAACGGACCAACGGCCCCUGCGCUUCGGCAGCAGCAGCGGCAGCAGCAGCGACUGUAGCGACGCGCUCUCGCUCUGACUCUUGUUCGGGCUCUCCUUGCUCGAGCUCUUCGUCCUCCUCUCCCUCUCCCGGUGUCCCGCUGUCCCAGUGUCCCUGUGCCGGUGUCCCAUUGCCGGUGUCCCUGUGCCAGUGUCCCACUCCCGCUGUCCCUGUCCCAUUGCCGGUGUCCCCCUCCCCUUGCCGGCCCGGCCCAUGGCCCCGGCCGUUCCCCUGUGCCGGGCGGGGCCGCCCCGUCCCCGGCCCUGGGCGGCCCGGCGCGGUCUCGCCCUCGCCCGGCUCCCGGCGCGCCGGCUGUGGCGCUGCUGGGCGCUCCUGUGGGGCUGGCUGUGGGACGGGCUCGGCCUCGCCGCCCCUUGGCUCCGCCUGGCUCGAGCCCGGCGCCUGCCGGGGCCGGCGGGGGCCGCGGGCGCCGCGGCCGCUGCCGCCUCCUCGGCGGCUUCCCCGGCCAGAGCUCCGCCGCUCGCCAGCCCGGCCGCCGGCAGCGAGCCGCCGCUGCCCGCUGCGGCUGGGGAAGCCCGGCCCGGGCCGCUUGAGGGGCGCUCGGGGGCCGUGCCGGGCCCCGGCCCCAACGCUGACGGCCACGUCUCGCCCGCACCGAAGGCCAAGGAGCCGCUGCACGAGCGCUACCGGCUGCAUUCGCUGCUGGGCAGCGGCGGCUUCGGCCGCGUCUACGCGGGGACCUGCCUGGCGGACGGAGCCCCGGUGGCCAUCAAAGCCGUGUCCCGGGAUGGCAUCCGGCGCUGGGGCGAGCUGCCUGACGGCACCCGGGCCCCCCUGGAGAUCGUGCUGCUGGACAAGGUGUCCAAUGGCUUCCCUGGGGUCAUCCAGCUGCUGGAGUGGUUCGAGCUCCCCAACGGGUUCCUGUUGGUGAUGGAGCAUCCGGAGCCGUCUCAGGACCUCUCUCGCUUACUGAGGGCGUGGGGGUUCCUGCCGGAGGAGAUGGCGUGGGGGCUGUUCUGCCAGGUGCUGCAGGCCGUGCGGCACUGCACCAGCUGCGGCGUCCUGCACCGGGACAUCAAGCCCCAGAACAUCCUCCUCCACCUGGCCAGCGGCGAGGCCAAGCUCCUCGACUUUGGAUGUGGCACCUUCCUUAAGGACACGGUCUACACCCAGUUUGCAGGAACACUGUCAUACAGCCCGCCAGAGUGGAUCUACCUCAAGCGCUACCACGGCGAGGAGGCGACCAUCUGGUCCCUGGGCAUCCUGCUCUACCAGAUGGUCUGCGGGAAGCACCCUUUCCGCAAAGGCCCCAACACCAUCUGGGCCCAGCUCCCGUUCCCAGCACGGGUCUCUCCAGGUGGAUACCAAUCUUUGUGGCACGGGGGGAAUAACGGUGUUGGGAGAGGGCAGCGGGCUCACGAGGACGCCGCUCUUGAAGCUGUUUGUGUCCCAUGGGUGGCUGGAGGAGGUGGCCUGUGUCCUGCCAUCCUGCUCUCCUCCAAAAGGGAGAAUCGAUGGAGAAGUUUGGGCACAGCUCUGAGCACAGCCAGCACAGCCUGGGCACGUGGACAGUGGGACAGAGGGGACAGGAUCCUUCUCCAACUGACCGGCCAUUUUCCCCCCAGGCUGCCAGCACCUUAUCAGGUGGUGUUUGUCCAUCCGCCCCUCGGACAGGCCAGCACUGGAAGACCUGUUGUGCCAUCCUUGGGUGCAGGGCAUUCCCCUGCCCUAGAAGACGGGAGAGAUCCACGUGCUCCCUUUGAUCCCGGGGCCUGGCAGACAGCUGGGCCCUCGGCAGAACGCUGACAGCCUGGUCUGGCCCCCAGGGAAGGAGAAGGGGCCUCUGGAGAAGCUGUGCCGGGUGGGCCUGCUGCUGGAGACAUCGAGGACGACGUCAGGGAUGACAAGCUCUCAGCUGACCUGGACGCCGGCGAGCUGAAGAGGAUGGACUUUGAUUCUGGCCCCUUCCUCCAAGCCGUGCUCCACACGCCGUUUGCAGAUGAGUCCACACCCAGGGGGUGCUCCCGGACACGGGCAUUGCUCAGCCUGGCUGGGCACCGAAGGUUCCCCCUUUGCUGAUGGGGAACCUGAGGAAUUCUUCAGCCGGCUGCCAAGCUGCUUCUUGGCAGGAGGGCGGGCGGGUGCUCUGGGCUGGGUGUGAAAGGGGAGCCCGGCUCUGCCCCCAGCCUCUGCCACUGCCCCUUUGCUGGGCGGGGCUGGGGCAGGGGCAGCCAGCCUGCCAAAAACAAACCCCCGUGGGGGGAGCAAAGGCAGGGCUGCAGAACACCAGCUGCUUUGGGCUGCAGGCCAGGAAAGGCUUGGGCUGCCUUGGCUUAGGAGCCUUUCUUUGGGCCAGUGCUGCAGGGCAGGGAGAAGGCCUGGGUUUUCCUCAGCUGGAGGAGGUGGGGUUUUCCUUUGGCCUGCAGGGCUUGGGCCUUCCUCAGAACCCUGACAGAAGGUUAACAUUUUACCUUUUUUUCUUGUUUCCACUUUUGGUUUGUAAUCUCUGUUCAUGAAUUUGUUGUUUGUUUUCCAGGGAAGAGUUGGAGCUGGUGCCCAGUCCGGGUUGGGAAGGGCUGGGACCAUCCCUGGAGAGGAUCUGACGUCCCCUCUGAGAAGGCUGAGGACAUCCUUUGGGACAUGCUCUUCUUGCAGCAGCAGAUCUUGGGAGACAGGACACCUCUGCCUGAUCUCCCGCGGAUCCGAGGGAUCUCUGGAUCUUCACGCCAGCACCAGGACUUUGCUGCAGAAGAGCACAGAUCCCCAGCCCAGUCUGGGACACAGAACGUGUGAAAGGGCAGAAAGAUUGUGGUGUGAAUGCAGCGCCCUCAGAGCCCUUGGUGUGAGCCCGGAAAGGAAAAUCAAGCUGAGGGACAAGAUCAGUCUAAUUUGGGGACAUUGUUGGAGGUUGGAGUUGCAGUUCUGGAAGAAAUCCCUGAGGAAAUGGUGCCCCCGGGGAGAGGAAGAGGACGAGAGCAUGGGCAGCCUGCUUCAAACAUCCCCCCAGGAGACUUGGGAGCAGUCCCUGUGCAUCCUGUAAGAAAGAUGGACACUGGAAAUGGGAUUGUCCGCAACUGAAACUUCAGAACCCUCCGAACCCUCUCGUGGCAUCACUGAAGACGACUGAGGGGGCACCAGAGGAUUCUUCCCCAUCAGAACAUCUGGUUCCAGCCAAGCUAAGCACAAUUGUUUGUGGCUGUGGGAA